GACAAACGCUAAGCGAAUAGAGGAAACGUGUAUGAAGACGCGGUGGACCUGUACUUCUACAACCUGAAAAUAACACACCGUUAGAAAAGAAUCAGUAGCCUAGACCAAGAUUUCACCUUUAAACCACAAAACUCGUCUAAAGACAUUUCAGCGACAUGACAUUUUUUGUAAUUCCUCGGUUGACUUUUCUCUGUCUCCUCAUUUUUCUCAACGUCUCUUCAGCUUCAGAGGUGAAAAGCUCAAACAACAGUUCCAGGGUGCGAAGCCUGCCUCUGUUUAACAACACACUUCAAGAAAAGCAUAAGGAGCAGAUCCAGAGCUACAACUUUACACUAGUGGUUCCUCUUGUCUGCCUCUUCGCCUUUUUCAUUGGGCUUCCUUCAAACUUGUUGGCUCUCUGGGUGCUGCUCUUCCGAACCAAGAAACUCCCAUCCACCAUUUUGCUGAUCAACCUCACCUUCUGCGAUCUUCUGCUACUGCUGGUGCUCCCCUUCCGUAUCGUGUACCACUUCCUGGGCAACAACUGGACAUUUGGAGAACCAUUCUGUCGAGUUGUAAUUGGGCUCCUCUAUGGAAACAUGUACGGCUCCGUGGUUUGUCUGGCACUGAUCGCUGUGGAUCGCUACAUAGCUCUCGUUCACCCUUUUGGUGCCAAGAUGCUACGGAGUAACAAGAAUUCUGUCUGUAUGGGUGUUUUGGUUUGGAUCGUGGUUAUAGCUGCUGCUGUGCCCUUAUUAGCCUCACAACAGUCCUAUAAGAUAAUCGACCCUCCUCUAACAACCUGCCAUGAUGCACUACCUAGAGAACAGCAAGAAAAGUACUUCCUGCCGUACUUUGCUGUUCUCUUCUCCAUAUGCUUUCUGCUUCCACUGCUGGUUGUACUGGUUUGCUAUUCUGCGGUGUUACACACACUUAUUGCUGAAGGGGAGCGUUUUGCACAUGCAAUAAGAGUGACUGUGCUGAUGUUAAUUGUUUUUGUGGUUUGCUUAUUGCCUAGUAACAUUCUCAUGCUUUUGCAUUACUCAAGUUCAGCUUUUGACCUAUAUGUUCCAUACCAGAUUGCUUUGUCUUUCAGCACCUUUAACAGCUGCUUCGAUCCUUUCAUCUUUUAUUAUGUGUCUAAGGAUUUCAGACAGAGGUUAUGGGAGGCUCUCAGAUGUUCUGGGUCUGAUUCAGAGUCCUCCUCAGAAUCGAGGACAAAGGUAACCUUACUAUCAAAGAAGAGCAAGACUGAAGGAGCAGCCGGAUCAUGAGUUUAGCAUGACAGGUUUGCAAAUCAGAAGACAUUAGGUUAUGUAAGUCAAAAAUUCUAGGGCGUACUGAAUAAUUACUAUAGAUAACUGUCUGUCUAUCUGUCCACCCACCUGUCAUUUUGCCUAUCUGUGUGUAUAACUUGAAAUUAGUUUCAUUUGCAUAGGAAAAACUGAUGUGAGGAGAUAUGAUUUCUG